GGGGGGGAGGGAGGGAAAAGGGCGAGAGGAGGCGAUAAGUGCGCGUGCGCACUGCGGGCUGGGUUGCAGCAGCGGCGGCGGCGGCGGCGGUUGAGCUCGCGGGCGGUUUUCAUACCAUCUGAUCCACCAUGGCUGAUGACCUAGACUUUGAGACCGGCGAUGCCGGGGCCUCCGCCACCUUCCCCAUGCAGUGCUCUGCUCUCCGCAAGAACGGCUUUGUGGUGCUCAAAGGGCGUCCCUGCAAGAUUGUGGAGAUGUCCACCUCCAAGACCGGCAAACACGGUCAUGCCAAAGUGCAUCUUGUUGGCAUAGACAUCUUCACUGGAAAAAAAUACGAAGACAUCUGCCCUUCUACCCACAAUAUGGAUGUGCCCAACAUUAAGAGAAAUGACUUCCAGCUUAUUGGGAUCCAGGAUGGGUACCUUUCCCUGCUUCAGGACAGUGGGGAAGUCCGGGAGGAUCUGCGCCUUCCUGAGGGAGACCUGGGCAAGGAGAUCGAACAGAAAUACGACUGUGGCGAAGAAAUCCUGAUCACCGUACUGUCUGCAAUGACCGAGGAAGCUGCUGUUGCUAUCAAGGCCAUGGCUAAAUAAAGGAAACACAGGGCAGCAGCAGCAGCAGCAGCAACAGCUCCAACUUGUUAUGAACCAGAGAAGGAUCGCAAACCGCAGACUGUCAGAUUUGGCUCCAAACCACCCAAAUCUUUUUUUUUUUCUCUCUCUCUUCCCUUUUCCUUUAAAAAAGCAAAAUCCUCCCACCCACCCUUUUGAAUUAAACAAAAGAAAAGAAACUUUUUAUUUUGUGGUCUUUUUAAAAGAGAAAAAAAGCUGGAUGCUGACGUAUUCCUUUAUUAUGAUUUCCUCAUUUGGCCCAGGCUCUCCAGUUCCCUUCCCUCUCUCGGGCGCUAGUAACACUACAGCUGUUUUCUGGCAAGAGAAGUUGAGAAUUUGCACUUAAAAAGGAAAAAAAAAUAUUUAAACUGCUAGGCGGAGGGAAAGCAUUGCAAAAGACUUGUGUUUAAAAACAAUUUUUUUUUUUUUUUAGUUUUAAUGCUUCUAUUAAGAGGUGGCGGUGGGGUAGCUGCUCUUUUUCCGAAACAAACUGAGCGAAGUACCGUUGCGAACGGAGAAGUCGCGCUCUUCGCCCUAUCCAAUGCGUGUGUUCUUGUGAGCGUUUGUUGAGGGUUGGCGGGAGAGGAGGCACGGCUUUUCCCCACUGUUGGAUGCUUCCAUCUCCCCACCCCCACCCCCCAAUUGGUGGUUGCAGCAAUUCGGUCAAUUCUAUUGGACGGCAUCCUUUCUUGCGCUUGGAGGUUAUCCAUUAAAUGUGUUUCUUUUUGGGAUCACUGCUCUGGUUGCUGACCUUGCUUAAAAAAAACCCUUCUUUAAUCCCUUCUAGAGCACAUGAGUGGCCCCCCCGCCUCCCAAAUCUGGAAGUGUGCGCGCGGGGCCAGGCAUGGAGCAGAGCACACUCUUCAAAGUGGGAGCAAAAUCGCUCAUGGCUGCCUGGUUAAAAAAAAAAAAACUUUUGCCCUUGUGCCACCUGGGCUCUGGUCCCUGUCAAUCAUGUUCGAUACCCCCCCCCCUCUCAAUAGUGCUGUAGCUGCCUCUGAGCCCUUCACACUUGGAGCUAGCAACUCCAGCACAUCUCCCUUCAUACUGGGUAACUGUAUCCCUAUCCAAGAGCUGUUCAAGGUAGGGAUUUUCUGGGGUAACAAAACUAGCACCCCAACUGUUUCCUUGGUUCAUAUUUACUCUCCUCUGCUGUUCACAGGUCAGCGCUGUGGCCUCCCCUUCCCUCCCCUGUUAAUCCAACACAUUUGUUAAUCAACCUCAAUAAAAACAAGUUUAAUAUGAAAA